AUGGGGGAAGUCGACCCCUUCUUGUGCUGUAACGUAAGUGUGAUAGCAAUCCAUGAUUUAUAGUGGCUAAGUUUGUUAAAGGCUGCUUAUCCGUACUGCCGCUGGGACUCUUCAUUCGGAUAUGGUUGCUUUGAUUCCGAGGAUAUCCAAUCGGUCAUCGGAUCCGAAUCUGCGAAUGCUUCUUCCACCCCCAGCGCUACGGAAACUGGGCCUCGCACUACGGCUACGGCAAGCUCGAGUAAGAGCCACUCCUCCGGCUGUGCACCGAAGCAGAAGCUUCUCUUUUUUUCUGACAAUGAUAUAGUUAGCAGUUCGGGGAACGUGAUCGUGACCAGUGCUCCUAGCACUUCAGAAAUGACCCGAAAAGAAACCCAUACCCUACCUGCUACUAGCCCGCCCGCCACACCGCCAGGCACCUUCUCGACUUCUGCGGGUACUAAUAUGACCACGAACUCUGAAACCAAGCGGCCCCCUCCCACCAGAGAUUCUACUACUACAACUGGGCCCGAGACUACAGUGGCUGCUACCGGAACCGCGGCACCGAGCGAUACAAGCACUGCUAUCGGUGCUGGGUUUGCCGACUUGAGCAAAGGUCUGGGGUGGGGGGCGGUCUUUGUCUGGUUGGCUAGACUGCUUAUCGUCUAG